AUGGCACCAGAAAAUCAACCAACAACGGGUCCUCCAAUUUUCUUGAGGGAGAAUUACCAUAUUUGGGCUAUUAAAAUGAAGGCUUAUUUGAAGGCUCUCAACUUGUGGGAUGUUAUUGAGAGAGGAGAACUUGAUGUCCAGCUAUUGACAAACAACCCAACUCUCAAUGAUACCAAAAAGCAUGAUGAGUUGGUGACUAGAUCUCCAAGAGCUCUCAUUUGCAUACAUUCAAGCCUUACGAAAGUGAUAUUUAUAAGGAUUAUGGCUUGUGAGAUAGCCAAAGAAGCCUGGGAUAAGCAAAAGGACGAGUUUGAAGGCAACAACAGAGUUAAGUCUGUUAAGGUCUUAGCUUUGAAGAGGGAGUUUGAGCUCUUAAAUAUGAAGGAUUCGGAUAAUAUGAAAGAAUACUCUUCCAAGCUGAUGUAUAUUGUGAACCAAAUAAGGAUACUUGGUGAAAACUUUUUAGAUCAGAAAGUUGUUAAGAAUAUCAUGGUCGGCCUUCCGAACAAGUUUGAAUAA